AAACAGCCUUUGAUCAGUGUGCUCGGCACCAAAUUCCAAUCCCUGGGAAAUGCUGGGCCUUAGCCCUGCCCCUGGCCACGGGAUCCUUUUAAAGCCCCCGAUUCGCAAGUUCCCCACUCAUUUCAGCCUUCAACCGAACCUUCCCAGCCCCAAAGGCCUAAAUUGUGAGACCCACGUUCCCAUGGCUCCAAGGAGCCUUCCAGCAGCACCCAGGGUGGGAAGGAGUUGGUUUCAGGAUGCUGUUGCUUCAGGAUUGAGGCCCACGAAAAAUAAAGGCAUUUGAGAACCGGAAAGAAAAAAGAGAGUGUGAAAAUAAGAAGGCCUAAAAAAAAAAAAAAAGAAAGAAAGAAAGAAAGAAAGAAAAGAAUUAUCGCCCACUCUUAUUUUCCGUCUAAUGUCAACAAGCAAAAUGAAAAUAUUUCCAGGGUGAUAGCUCGCGGCUACUUGCUUCCAAUUCGGAUUAGAAGCUGAAGAGAAGCUGGAGCGGCGAGAGAAAAGACACCGAGUCACCCCGCGCGUGAACGACGAUCAGAAGCAGGAGAGAAGGGAAAGAAAUAGACACCAUGUAUAACAUGUGUUACCUGGUUUAUUUCGAGAUUGUUUGGUUUUGUUUUCUCUCUGCGAACCUCUCAUUUCGGAAGACCAUCAGAGACGCCCACCACUGAGCCGCCCCCGCCCGCCGCUGCCGCAGCGCCAGAAGCCACAGGCCUGGCUUUCCCCUACCGCCUGAGCCCGGAGUUCGCCGCCGCCCGGCCGCAGGAACCGACGCCCGAGCCUGCGGUCCAACUGCGCUGCUGCCGGAGCGCUCAGUGCCGCCGCCGCCGCCCGCGCAGCCCGCGCCGCCCGAGCUCCGCUCGGCACCCACCGGUCGCCGCCGCCCGCCGCGCCGCUACCCCGCUCCCGUUCCCGUGCCGCCGCCGCCGCCGCCGUUUCCCCCCGACGACUGGGUGAUGCUGGACAUGGGAGAUAGGAAAGAGGUGAAAAUGAUUCCCAAGUCCUCGUUCAGCAUCAACAGCCUGGUGCCCGAGGCAGUCCAGAACGACAACCACCACGCGAGUCACGGCCACCACAACAGCCACCACCCCCCGCACCACCACCACCACCACCACCAUCACCACCACCCUCCGCCGCCCGCCCCGCAACCGCCGCCGCCGCAGCAGCAGCAGCCGCCGCCGCCGCCGCCCCCGGCGCCGCAGCCCCCCCAGGCGCGCGGCGCCCCGGCCGCCGACGACGACAAGGGCCCCCAGCAGCUGCUGCUCCCGCCGCCGCCGCCGCCGCCUGCCGCCGCCCUGGACGGGGCCAAAGCGGACGGGCUGGGCGGCAAGGGCGAGCCGGGCGGCGGGCCCGGGGAGCUGGCGCCCGUCGGGCCGGACGAGAAGGAGAAGGGCGCCGCGGCUGGGGGGGAGGAGAAAAAGGGGGCGGGCGAGGGCGGCAAGGACGGGGAGGGGGGCAAGGAGGGCGAGAAGAAGAACGGCAAGUACGAGAAGCCGCCGUUCAGCUACAACGCGCUCAUCAUGAUGGCCAUCCGGCAGAGUCCCGAGAAGCGACUCACGCUCAACGGCAUCUACGAGUUCAUCAUGAAGAACUUCCCCUACUACCGCGAGAACAAGCAGGGCUGGCAGAACUCCAUCCGCCACAACCUGUCCCUCAACAAGUGCUUCGUGAAGGUGCCACGCCACUACGACGACCCGGGCAAGGGCAACUACUGGAUGCUGGACCCGUCGAGCGACGACGUGUUCAUCGGCGGCACCACGGGCAAGCUGCGGCGCCGCUCCACCACCUCGCGGGCCAAGCUGGCCUUCAAGCGCGGGGCGCGCCUCACCUCCACCGGCCUCACCUUCAUGGACCGCGCCGGCUCCCUCUACUGGCCCAUGUCGCCUUUCCUGUCCCUGCACCACCCCCGCGCCAGCAGCACUUUGAGUUACAACGGCACCACGUCGGCCUACCCCAGCCACCCCAUGCCCUACAGCUCCGUGUUGACUCAGAACUCGCUGGGCAACAAUCACUCCUUCUCCACGGCCAACGGCCUGAGCGUGGACCGGCUGGUCAACGGGGAGAUCCCGUACGCCACGCACCACCUCACGGCCGCCGCGCUCGCUGCCUCGGUGCCCUGCGGCCUGUCGGUGCCCUGCUCCGGGACCUACUCCCUCAACCCCUGCUCGGUGAAUCUGCUCGCGGGCCAGACCAGUUACUUUUUCCCACACGUCCCGCACCCGUCAAUGACUUCGCAGAGCAGCACGUCCAUGAGCGCCCGGGCUGCGUCCUCCUCCACGUCGCCGCAGGCCCCCUCGACCCUGCCCUGUGAGUCUUUAAGACCCUCUUUGCCAAGUUUCACGACGGGACUGUCCGGAGGACUGUCUGAUUAUUUCACACAUCAAAAUCAGGGGUCUUCUUCCAACCCUUUAAUACAUUAACAUCCCUGGGACCAGACUGUAAGUGAACGUUUUACACACAUUUGCAUUGUAAAUGAUAAUUAAAAAAUAAGUCCAGGUAUUUUUUAUUAAGCGCCCCCGCCCCCAUUUCUGUACGUUUGUUCAGUCUUUAGGGUUGUUUAUUAUUCUAACAAGGUGUGGAGUGUCAGCGAGGUGCAAUGUGAGGAGAAUACAUUGUAGAAUAUAAGGUUUGGAAGUCAAAAUUAUAGUAGAAUGUGUAUCUAAAUAGUGACUGCUUUGCCAUUUCAUUCAAACCUGACAAGUCUAUCUUUAAGCCGCCAGAUUUCCAUGUGUGCAGUAUUAUAAGUUAUCAUGGAUCUAUAUGGUGGACGCAGACCUUGAGAACAACCUAAAUUAUGGGGAGAGUUUUAAAAUGUUAAACUGUAAUUUGUAUUUAAGAAGCAUUCAUAGUAAAGGUGCCCAAGAAAUUAUUUUGGCCAUUUAUUGUUUUGUCCUUUUCUUUAAAGAACUGUUUUUCUUUUGUUUACUUUUAGACCAAAGAUUGGGUUCUAGAAAAUGCACUUGGUAUACUAAGUAUUAACAAACAAACAAACAACAAUAACAACAAAAAAAGGAAAGUUGUUUCAGUUGGCAGCACUGCCCAUUCAAACGAAUUGGAAGGGGACAAAAUUAAUGAUUGCCUUCAGUUUGUGUUGUGUAUAUUUUGAUGUACGUGGUCACUAACAGGUCACUUUUAUUUUUUCUAAAUGUAGUGAAAUGUUAAUACCUAUUGUACUUAUAGGUAAACCUUGCAAAUAUGUAACCUGUGUUGCGCAAAUGCCGCAUAAAUUUGAGUGAUUGUUAAUGUUGUCUUAAAAUUUCUUGAUUGUGAUACUGUGGUCAUAUGCCCGUGUUUGUCACUUACAAAAAUGUUUACUAUGAACACACAGAAAUAAAAAAUAGGCUAAAUUCAUAUAUA